GGGCACAUAGGAAUUUAAUCUUGAUUUACCGAACAGUCUUCUUAAUUAUAUCUUGACAUGAGGUUUUCAUCUAUAUUUCUGCUGACAUUUGGUGUUAUCGCUAGUAAGGGCGAUGGUACAUACCCUCGUCCUUCAGAGUUGAAUGCUACUAAGCCGAACAUACUCAUAGGAGGUCUCCUUCCAUUGGACAUCACCUUUUCAAGACGUUUAAUGACUGCUGCACAAAUCGCAAUAGAUGAGAUCAACAAAAGAAAUGACGUGCUUAAAGACUACAAUCUAGUACUACACAUGAAAAAUACAUCAGUGGGUGUACAACUUUCAGAUUACAUAAUUUCAACGAGAUUACAGUUGUUUAUAAUCUCGUCUAUAACAAGUACAAAAAAAUUAUAGUAUGUAGUUUUCUAUUCAUUGAUACACUCACGCCCAGGGGCGUGAUGAUCUAUAAUUUCAAAGUGAUUUCAAAGGUCAAAAUUUG